AUGUUAUACCAGCUUGGAGGCUAUCGGCCUCAGCUGCAAUGGCAUCAACAUACCUACGAUAAUCGUAUCCUAGCAGAAGAAAUCGCGGGUCCUGGAUCACCUCUACACAAUCGCCACAACGCGCCUAUCGAGCUCAUCCUCGGCAUCAGGAUAUCAGGGACCACACACCUCCUUCUAACACAUGACGAAGUGUCGGGGUUAUGUCGAAGGAAUCGUAACUUGCCCUGGCCUCGAGGGCGACCGUUCUUGUCCAGCGACUUUGAAUCCCUCUCUCCGAUCUACUUCAAUACGGUGGAAGAGCUCACGAAUCUUCUCGACAAGCUCAAACCAAAAAAGACGAAACAAGACUUCGACACAAGCACACUUAACAAAGGUUUCAGAGAUGGGAACGCUGGGCUGCUACGAGGCGCAUUUGAACAUGGACGCAUAUUUUAUAAGGUGCUACAUCAAUCGAUCGACCUGCAAAAGUACGGCAUGCGUGAUUCAUCAUGGACACGAUCUAUCCGCGUCUGCUCGUUUGUCUUCAACACUCAACACAUCCUAUUCGAUGGUCGGUCUACCCAGGAUCGGCUUAGAUACCCGAGAGUUCUCGAUAUCGCAUUUGCGGAAGCCAAGAUACCCUCCUUGGAGCUCGAUCCAAGUACUGCGACAUAUAUCAUCAAAGCUGAAAACAGGACUCUCAACAAAAGCAAGGGUUUUUUUAGAUUGCCUUUCGCACAUGGGACAACGGACACCCUUCCAGAACAUGAGAUAUCGAACCGUUUUCAAGACAUCUUUCAGUCAUACCAGGAUAGACCUAUGGUCCUCUUGGUCUAUGAGGAGGAACUGACGAAAAAUGCACUGAAGAAUCUGGGAGUGCCAACUGAGGCUUUUACAGCUGACCUCAAGCAUCUGUUAGAGAAAAUGGAGGAGGACCAGAAGCCUCCAAUCUCGUCUUCAAGGGACCCUCGAAACUACAACAUCAAAAAGGAAGAAGAUCACAAACCUCUAAUCUCGCCCUCAAGGGACCCUCGAAAAUACACCAUCAAAAAGGA